AUGGAGCAAGGCAAUCGUGGACGCGGCAGCACUAGUGUGCAGCAGCGUUGGAUGGCAGCGCAUGGGAGGAAGGGCGGAGGGGGUGCCACUGGGUCUGGCAAUGUCAAUAGGCGUGGGCGUGGGCCUGGUCAUGUCAAUAGAUCUUGCAGUGUGGUCGAUGGACAGUGGGCCGGUGCGCCUGAGGAUACGGUUUCUGAACCUACCAUGAAUGAGAAAGAAGUGUAUGGUGACGAUGACUAUGGAGACGACAGACAUGACGAUAGUAGAUAUGAGCAGAGCUUGUAUGAACAGUAUGGAGAACAGUAUGGAGAACAAUAUGGAGAUGGAUAUGAGGGAGAUGGAUCCGAUGAGUCCUCGGCCACGAGCUCUCUUACAUAUGGCAGCCCAGUCGCCAAACACGUAUCUCCUGGUCGACACCGGAUCAGCGCCGAAGACCCGAAAGCAUCAAAUUCGGAUCGCUUUAGGAGUCGCGGACAUCAAUACGCCGAACAAACCUACCAGCACCUACCCGUCUCGGGUGCCAACCCCAGAUCCCGGAAACGUCAACGAAGUCAUUAUGGAGGGAUUCAAGAUGAGAAUGAACCAGAUGCUGCGGUCGUUGGCCACAUGUUCUCUAGCAUGGUGAAAAUCAUCGAGAAGACGUCCAGCUUUGAGCGCAAGCUCCAGGAGAUGGUCAAAGAUGCGAGGAGCCUGUCCACUGAAGCUUCCGAUGCGUGUGAAGUCCUGAUGUCUUCCCACUCGUUUCCAUCGCAAGUCAACGCUCAAGAAGUUCGGAUCCUCAUGGACUUCCGUCAUGAAGCUGGGAGGCGGGAGGACGCUGAUCGCGAACACACACCAGCUAAUCCAUCGAAGCGAAGAUUCACUCGCCCUGCACCGCGAUCUUCUCGUGUGUUGCACUCAAGUACGAGAUACUCGCCUUCACACAGAUUUCAGGAUUCUGUGGUCCCAGAGCAGUCAUCAUCGGCGUCGUACCGUACUCAUGAUGGGUCCGAUGGCUACACCAGCGGCAUUACCGCUACCAUCGGCGAACAAUCGCAGCGCAUCGAAGGCGCACCAGUGGCUCAAAAUACGCCAAACGACGAACAAUCGCAGUGCAUCGAAGAGACACCAGUGGCUCAAACUACGCAGAACGACGAAGUCGACCUCUCCCACAUUGCGGAAUACAACCAAGAUGGAACACCUCCUCCCUUUAAGCGCGCUAGCUCCGACAACCCUCAGCAUAUGUACUCUCCGUGCACGAACUGCGUUCUUGCAGAGCUUCCCUGCGACGGCACAUCCGGCACCGUUUGCAGCGCCUGCGUGAAGGACUGCCCCACCUCGCUCUGCAUAUAUGAGCCUGACGACCGCAAACCCAAGUGGGCGAUGUCGACGGUUGAGCUGCUCGCCAUCACACCAAACCCUUUCCGCGAGCCUGUCGUCAUCGGCGGCAAACGGUAUCAGAAGACAGACGCAGAAUGGGACGGAAUGGCCAAAGCACGGAAGAGGAGGUUUCUCCACUGCCUGGACAUCGAAGGUGCUGGCGGUGUGGAUGCAUCGCCGCCGUGUAGUGAAUGUCGAAAGGAGGGGGUCAGAUGUCGCGGUCCGGGUCCAGAAACUUCAUAUGGCAAAUACAACAAGUUCACGCUCGCAAAAGGGAACGCGAAGUGUGCGAGGUGUUCCCUUUUCGGUAGAACGGUUUGCUCACUAAUUGUGAAGAGCCCGGGGAAGUCCGUAGGACCAUGUGGAGGCCCACUGAAACCGGGUGGUCCAGUGCAAUCGUCGGCCUUGGAUGAAGGGGCUAGCUCCCAGGAGCCGUUUACCUUUCCAGCGUUACCGGAUGGAGCCGCGCUGUCUGAACAGUGGGCCCCGGAGUUGAGCUUCCUUGAUACCUUUCUGUGAGAGUGAUUUUUCAGUGCUUCAUCAGUAGAUGAGAGAUGAGGGAGCUGGGACGAGACGGGACGGCAAUGGGGUUGAUACAACGGCUGUAUGUGGAACUACUCAAGACCUUGCACCAAAGUCCAGAAGGAUAUCCCAUGAUGCGAAUGGAUCUUCAUUCGGCUAUAG